CAUUAUUUCACUGUCUCUCUUCUAAGAAAGUUCAACCAGAUGAUGAAAAAAGGAUAAUAAUGGAAAGACCCUCUCGGCGGAGGGCCAAAUGGUGGCACUCAACUUUCCACACAGUCGCAGUCAUCCUCGGCGCAGGUGUUCUCAGCUUGCCCCAUGCCAUGGCAUAUCUUGGAUGGGUUCCAGGAAUCUUGAUGUUGUUGGUAUCAUGGGGUCUAACCUUAAACUCAAUGAGGCAAAUGAUCGAGCUGCAUGAAUGUGUAGGUGGAACACGUUUCGAUCGGUACCAUGAUCUUGGAAGAUAUGCAUUUGGAGCAAAAGUAGGAGCAUGGGUUGUGCUUCCGCUGCAACUAAUAGUCCAAGUUGGGUGUGACAUUGUGUAUAUGGUUGUUGGUGGGAAAUGCCUAAACAGGUUCAGGGAGAUAGCAUGCACCGAUUGCACAAAACUCAAACAGUCUCAUGCCAUUCUCAGUUUUGGUGUCAUUCAUUUCUUUCUAUCCCAACUUCCCAAUUUUAAUUCCGCUGUUGGUGUUUCUUUAAUUGCAGCCGUUAUGUCAGUCAGCUAUUCAACUAUAGCAUGGGUGGCAUGUUUGAGCAGAGGGCAAAGUAGCAAUGUUAGCUAUGAGUACAAGAAAAGUAGCAGCAGAAUGGAAUUAAUAUGGGGGGUGUGCAAUGCAUUAGGUCAAAUCUCAUUUGCAUUUGCAGGGCAUGCAGUGACACUAGAAAUUCAGGCCACAAUUCCAUCAACACCUGAAAAGCCUUCAAAGAUUGCAAUGUGGAAAGGUGUGAUUGUUGCAUAUUUCAUAAAUGCAAUAUGCUAUUUCCCAGUUGCAAUAACAGGUUACUGGGCUUUUGGGAGAGAUGUUAGUGAUGAUGUGGUUAUUGCACUGGAAACUCCUCAAUGGCUUAUUGCCUCUGCUAACUUAAUGGUCUUCAUUCACAUGGUUGGUAGCUACCAGGUUUUUGCUAUGCCUGUUUAUGACUUGAUUGAGAAGGUGAUUAGUAAAAGACUAAACAUCCCUGAAGGACUAACUCUAAGACUAGUUGCUCGAUCUGCUUAUGUAGCUUGUACCUUAUUCAUUGGGGUGACUUUCCCUUGCUUUGGUGAUCUUCUUGGCUUCUUUGGUGGAUUUGGUAUUGGUCCCACUUCAUAUUUUCUUCCAAGUAUAAUGUGGUUGAUAAUCAAGAAGCCAAAGAGAUUUAGCAUCAACUGGUUCAUUAAUUGGGCUUCAAUAUUCAUCGGAGUGUGCAUUAUGUUAGCAUCCAUUGUUGCUGGGUUGAGGAAUAUUAUAUAUGCCGAUGCAUCUGGUUAUAGAUUCUACGACGCCUAA